CCUGCUGUUAGCCACCCCCAAGAUGUCCUGCAGAUGGCGCUGUUGAGACGCGGUUGAUGCCGGGCGCAUACAGCGGUUUGGGCCGACGUGAUGCGCGGGGUUCGUGUAAAGAACACAGUGGACCGGGGCAGGAGGCCGUGCGGGCGUCUGCUCCCCGGGUUCGUGGAAAUCGAGUCGUCACUGCCUGAAAACACGCGCUGAAAAGGCGCUUCCUGCUCAACAAUAACUUGCUACCUUUGCUGUGACUUUUACUCCGGCGAAGAUCUGAGCAUGCGCACUUAUGUAUGGGACGGGGAGGACAUCACGGAAAAUCUACUAGAAGCACCACAAACGCAGAGAUUUCGGCUCUCCGCUGCACUAAAACUGCACGACGUGGGCGGCCCGUGACCAUGCCUAGAGCGGCGUUAAGAUGCGGGACGACCGCCUGACAGGCCUGGCCUGGGUCUGAGCCGUUGCCGGGAGGGGAAAUCUAUUUCUUCAUAUGGGAGCAGCAUGCGGGAAAUGGUCGGAGGUUGCUGCGUGUGUUCCGACGAGCGAGGCUGGGCUGAGAAUCCGCUGGUGUACUGUGAUGGACACGGCUGCAGCGUCGCCGUUCACCAAGCAUGCUACGGCAUCGUGCAGGUGCCAACUGGCCCGUGGUUCUGUCGGAAGUGUGAGUCACAGGAGCGGGCGGCACGUGUGAGGUGUGAGCUGUGUCCCCACAAAGAUGGCGCCCUCAAGAGGACAGACAGCGGAGGCUGGGCCCACGUCGUGUGCGCACUCUACAUCCCCGAGGUGCAGUUCGCCAACGUCCUCACCAUGGAGCCUAUCAUCCUGCAGUAUGUCCCACACGAGAGAUACAACAAGACUUGUUAUAUCUGCGAGGACCACGGGAGGGAGAGCAAGGCCGCCUGCGGCGCGUGCAUGACCUGCAACAGACAGGGCUGCAGACAAGCGUUCCACGUCACCUGUGCUCAGAUGGCUGGUCUGCUGUGUGAGGAGGAAGGACCAGAAGCUGAUAACGUGAAGUAUUGUGGCUACUGCAAGCAUCACUACAACAAAAUGCAGAAGAAGUUGCGUUCUAGUGAAAAUACAAGUAGCUCCUUCAGUCAUUCCAGGGGGCGCUCCAGCUCUCCGUCACAGGAAAAACAGCACCACCACCACAGACAGAGGAAGAGUCAUAAAGACAAGAUUCGGCAAAAGGAGCGCCACAAAAAGUCGAGCGACAACCUGAGCUCCGCUGUGACAUCCAGCGGCAUAGAAAAGAUUUCCUCAAGUCACCACAGCAGCAAGGACGGCGAGGGGAAGUCCAAGAAGCUGAGCUCGCACGGUCACAGUCAUCGGAGCAAGAAGACCGGAAGCACCGGCAAGAGCUGCUCCUCAUCGUCCUGCUCCUCCAGUCCAUUCAACACAGGUGGUUCCCUGUCGUCUGCUCAGGAGUUUCAUCAGUUCUUAUCUUCUUCCCGCCUGGAGCGUGAACAUGACCGAGGAGGUGACGACCACAGCGGAGAGGAGCGCAAGGAGCGUCACAGGAGACCGGCAGUCCAGGCGGAGGAGGAGGAGGAGGAGGAGGAGGAUGUAAAGGAAGAGGAAAAAGACGAGGAGGAGGAAGAGGAGGAGGACUGUAAAUACCACAAGCCACCAGCACUGACCCCCGCUGAGGGCCCGCUAGCAGGGUCGCAAGGUCACGACAGGCCAGAAGGCAACUCCAGCCCUUUCGAGAACAAAGUCACCAUCUCCACCUUCGGGUCCAUCAUGCGCAUCACGUCGUCGUCGGGGCUCGGCAGCAGCAGCAAGAUCCGAAAGAUCUCCUCGUCGAGCGACUACAAACCCUCCAAAUCUCUCUGCAAGCCAUCCCAGCUGAGCACGCCGCCCAUCCUGGAGGAGGCCGACCCUGAGGACAAAGCCACGCUUCCACCGCCGCUGCCUCGAGAGAGGAGGCACCGUGGCAACAAGAAGAGCCGCCACGGCCCGGGGCGCCCGCGGGGGAGCAAGAACCGAGAGAGGAGGGGGGAGGAGGAGCACCACCACCACCAUCACCACACAGCGCCGCCUCCCCUAGCCUUAACCUCGUCGCUCUAUCCGAGCCCGUCCUCCAUCCCCCACCCCACCUUCUCCUCAACGCUGCCUCCCACCGCCACCUCUUCCACUUCCUCUUCUUUCUCCUCGUCCUCCACUGGUAGUUUUUCUACAGGCCGCGGCAACUCGCUGCUCGGCUCUGGCAUCUACUCCAGUCUCAAGGACCCUCUCACACUGGGCGGGGGUGUCUGCAGUACCCCCCUUUCCCUGGGUGGAGGGGUGUGUAGCACCUCCUUGUCCCUGGGAGGGGGCAUGUGUAGCACCCCUCUCUCCUCAGGACUCCUUCCAUCCCACUCCUCGCUGUCUCUUCCACCAGUCAACGCUGUGUCAAACACACAGGUGAAUCCAGGUUCCAGCGCCUCCUACAGCCUGACCUCCACUCAGCCUUUCACCAGCUGUCUCUCCACAGCCCUGACACUGCCGCCACUACUGAGCCAAGCCCAGACCUCACUGCCAGAGUCGGACCUCGAUGAUUGUCGCUUCCCAUGUCAGGGGAACUCACCGAGAGAGAGUCUUUCCUCGCAGUCUCCGAUGAGCUGUCUUCCUCUUCUGUUCGACCAGAGGGACGGGCUGGGCGCCGGAGUCAGAGCCCGUCCUGAGAACGUCCCUCCAGCCAGCUCUCACAUUGAUCUGCUGCUGGAGAAACACAGCAACGGAGAGAUGGGAGUCAACAUUAUGGAGAUGCUCCAGUCGCUGCACUCCCUGCAGCAGGAGAACCAGCGGCUCCAGGACCAGAUCCUCAGCCUGACGGCCAAGAAGGAGCGACUGCAGCUGCUCAACACGGAGCUGGCCGUGCCUUUCCCUCCACAGCUUCACUCCACCCAGGGCUCCAUGCACACGUCCGCCCAGAUCAACUUCCUGUCAUCCACCCAAGACCCCCUGAGCACCAAUAAGAGUCCCCUGCCCAAAAGCUGCUUCCUGAAUGACACCUCCUUUGUUACCUCGUCUGAGGAGCUGCACUCCGGUAGUCCGUCCCGAAGCAGCUCGUCUCUUUCCUUCCAGAGCACCCCCCCUCCUCAGCAGAGCCCCGCCUCCUUCGGGCAGCCGCUGCUGAACGGCUUGAAUCGAGGGUUGAACGACGGUUUGGGGGCGAUCGCUCAGGCCGGCGGCUCCGCACUGCCCGUGGUGGGCGGACUCAUGGCGUCUAUCGUGGGAAGUCCUCAGCUGGCCGUGAACGGCGUGCUCGGCAGUCUGAACGGAGUGAUCCAGUCGCCUGUGCAGAACGCUCCUCAGCCCGCGCUCCCGGCCCUGCGACCCCAACCUCCACCCCUCAACCCCCUGGCGCUGGCUCAAGGCUUUCAGCUUCCCAAGAGUGCGAGUCCGUCGCCGUUCCUGUCAGAGCAGCAGAAGCAGCUUCUUCUCGAGCAGCAGCAGCUGCAGCAGUUCCUCACCUCGCAGAACUUCACACCUGAGCAGCAGGCCUUGGUGUGCCAGAUGUUGCAGCAGCAGCGUCAGCGGGAGCUGCAGCGCCUCACGCUGACAGGAGCUCUCACCUCCACCCCCAACUCACCCAUGAUUGCCCAGUCACCCAACCUGCUGUCCUCAGCUACAGCCUCCCCCCUGCAGGGAGGCCAAGGAGGCGGGCUCUUCGGGCUGCAGGAGAACACGCUUCACAAACCCAGAGUGAGUAAUACUCGUGAUUGUCCUCCUGAAAAACUCCAGGAACCAAGAAACUCAGCAGCUCACUUCCAAGAGUUUUUAUCAAUCAUUGACAAGAGAGUAGAUAAAAGUUAAUGACAUGAAGUAGUGCCAUAUAAACACAUGGGCAGAAGAGGAGAAACACUCAGUGCAUCGUGGGAAAGUCCUCCAGCAGCCUUAGCGUAUUGUAGCAUAUCUAAGGGAAGGUUCAGGGUCACCUGAUGCAGCUCUAACGAUCUGCUUUAUCAAAAAGGUUCAAGCCUGGUCUUAAAAGUAGACAGGGUGCCUGUCUCCUAAAUCCAAACUGGGAGCUGUGUCUGUGUAGGUUCUCAGUCAUCCGGGUAAUUUACGGAGCAGAACUUGAAGAAGUCCAGUCGCUUUCCUUUUCAAGCUUCAUAGGAAACUGGUAGCUGGUUCCUCAGAAGAGUGCCUGAAAGCUGAAGGCUCUACCUCAGAUCCUCCUUUUAGAAAGAGCUACACGUAAGCUGCAGUCUGAGGGCAAAGUGCUCUGUUGGGGUGAUACGAUACCACGAGGUCUUUAAGAUAAGAUGGAGCCGUUUAGAUCCAGCUCUGGAGCUAAUGAAGAGAAGCUGAAAUCUAAAAUGUUCCACCCACCUCGGUAACACGUCCCACAAGUCCUUAAAAUCCGCUUAAAAUCCAUGCGAAUAUUUUAUGUCUUUACAAAUAUUUGUCCUAUUCCUACCCUACAUUCACACUCACAAAUUUUCUGCAUUUAUAUCAAAGCUCGAUUUUUCAUAUGUGAAUAAAAAGAUCUGACCAAUCAAAGCACUCCAUUUAGCAGUGCAGCUCAAAACGUGCACUGGUGCUGUAUAUACUUUACUACGUGUGGUUAAAUAGUACAGUUUCACACACAGCUCCAUGCUGCUCCGGUCAGUCGGCUCUCUGAAAUCAUUUCUCUGCCUCCUCAGACGUGAUCCCAACUCUGCCAACGAGAGCUCGAACUGACCCGCUGACAUCAUGAAAUGCAUAUGAAAGCGGCCGUGAUACAGAUUCAGCUCCUGGAUCAAACCACGAAACCUCAUACAGACUUUUGUCAGUGUGCGAAGGCGCUUCCGCAACAAGCUCGCAUCUGAAAAACUCUGAAUUUCAUGUAGCUACGCGCUCGGGGUGUAGUGGCCUCAAGUCCACAUUUAUUUCGCCCAUAUCUGGACAUCCUGUUAUACUUCAGAUGAAGGUGAAGAUGUGCUGGAAACCCUCUGCUCUCUGUGUUUUCAGGCUACUGGAGAGAAAGGUGGAGACAAGAAUGGCUGAUGUUUCUCCACAACACGCGAGCAGCUCCGAUGAAAACAUCAGGCAUGACGUGCCGCCUUGAAGAGGUCAAAUUUCCAGGACUUUCUCCUUCUCUGUCGUCUUUAUCUUAAGCCCUCUUUUAUGAAUGUACAACAGGAUGGACUUUAAUGUCAAGGUGAAGUUUUUCGUGUUUUGAAAUUCUUGAUAUCAGAGGUUCUUCUCAUAGGGUUUUUUUGUGUGUAGGCAGCUUUCAGAGAGCAUGAAUACAGUGGUCUCUUCUUAAAUUGCACUAAUUUGUUAGCUAGACCAAUGGGGCUGCUGAUGAAGGCAGAGUUCAUGAACCGAAGGUCUGAGUCUCUCUUCUCUGACCUCCCAAGCACUGACUGUUCAUGAAUUCCCUCCAGAGUUUCCAUUCAGUGCGUCAGCGAGGAAAAAAAGCAAGAAAAAAAAAAAAAAGCGGACUUCUGCCACUUCCUGCAACCUCAACUGUCUUCCUCGAUAUUGUGUCUUCCCUUUGUGUUCACCCCACUCAAUUUCAUCCAGAUCUUCUAUAUGUGAAGCCUCUCACGGGCACUUAUUAUGUAAAGGAUCAACAUACAAUCAUUUUUGAUGUGUGGUUAGUGGCAUUUCGACAUUAAGCUAGUUAUUACCUCAGACUUUGUAUUUUUCAUUGUUGACUUUUGUGCAGACUCAUUACCACAAUAGCCUUCACUGGAUAUAAAAUGCCCACCAAAAAGAUAUCUUGGUGUUUGCUCUAAGGUAUUAACUCAUGUAAAUGUAAAAAUGACACAGCACCUGCGUGUCCAGAAAGCCGCCAUCGUCUGCGGGCGAGCCCCGGGUUUUGUUCCAGACCACCACCAGAGUUUCUCAAGACUUUUAUAUCCUUCUAGUUGCUGUCGAGAUUAAGCGGACGAAACCAAACAUUUGGAAAUUGUAAGUAAGAAAUUAAUAGUUUUUUCCUAAACAAGUGUGCACUUUGCAUGUUAGUAGCUAACAGAGCAAAUUAGCCAUCAACACAGUACCUUCUAAAGGAUGCUCGGUACUUCAUAGGUCGCUAGGGACUAACAGGUUUUUGAUUUUUCUGAGUAUUUUGCACUCCUGUCCUGAAGUGUCAGUCUUUUACUGUCAUACAUAGAUAUUCCUUUCGUGUCCACCAACUAGCUGUUCUUUUAGCAAUACUGGAUAGAUAAUGCCUUAAUGAUGUUAGAUUUACAGAGGAAACCACGAGCCCAAAGGCUCACUCUCUUCUCGUCUUUCUUUGAUAACGUGUUUUUUUUAUUGCGGGUACACGGAGGGUCACGUUGUCCGACGAAAGCACUCUUCCUAAGCCCAUUUAUAUACUUUUGAUAGCUGACUGAUAAUUUCAACAGUGGAAAAACGUGUGAAGCGUAUAGUGGUGACUAAAGUGUCAAAGCAUUUUCUAUUGUGCGUUUUGUGUUGGAAUGUUUUUGAGUUGUUUGUGCUUCAGAGACCUGAGAAAAAGGACUUGUAGAGAAUCUGCACAGCAGUUUGAACCGCUCGUAAUGAAAGUGCUGCAGAAACAGAAUCGAUGUAGGAAACAGGGAGGCUGCAGGGCGACCGGGGGCAGCUGUGGCAUUUUGGGUUUUUUACAUUUUCUUUCACAACUCACAAAAUAGUUGCAUCAAAAACAUGACAUAUGUUGCAGUUUCAAUUAAAACUGCACCAGUUUAUCGUCUGUGGUGUAGACGAGCAGAAACUAGACGUUUGAUGUGUUUUUUGAGAAGACUUUUAAAACUUCAUCUUCUAGCUUUCCUUCCUUCUGUGUCAAAAUGAUGCUCUAAUGUAGCAUGACUGAACGAUCUGCGUUUCCUCUUUCUGCGCAGCAUUAAAAUAGACAAAAGGCAACAAUUUGGACACGAGCUCGUUAAUCCUGCCGGCGUGUCGACGCCCUAGCUUUCUGAUUGGAUACAUUAGCGUUGGGUGUUACAGGUGUCCCUGGUCUCCCCUAAUAAGCUUUUCCUUCCACUUUAUGAAGCAACACCUCCGCUUAGCUCAGUUUUACUAACAAAGGCUCGUCACCAUUUCACCUUUUUCGCCCUCAAAUGAAGGGAUUAUUUAAUUUCCUCCUUCCUUCAUUUGUCACUCUGUUUGGAGUCUUGAACAUGAACUCCCAUACAUGUGAUAUCUAUUUUUAUUUUAUUUUAUUAUGUUGUUAGCAGCUCAUGUAGACAUCAGAAGCUUCACGCAGCUCAAUGGUUGGUGAUAAAUACUGUAGCAAUGACAGAAGGAGAAUGUUGACAAAGACAUGAGCCAACGUGACUCCUGCUGGGAGGUCUGCAAUUUACCAAGUAUGACCAGCGCGACCACACGAUCGCCUGCAGAGCGGCGCGAGGGAUUUCUGAAACAGUUUCUUUCUCAUGUUGCACUGGGGCGCUUUGGCCCAAUUGUAAAAUGUUUUUUUUGUUUGUUUGUUUGUUUUUUUGAGAUCCGAGUUGUAUACUUUAAUAUGUUUGUGUAAAAACACAUUCAUUCUUUUAAGCUUUGAAGUUUGGGUAAAGAUAAUUCAUGUUAUGAAUGUCGUACUGUGUAUCUUUUAUGUAUUGCAACAUUUAAGCACCUGGCUCCGAGUGACGUCUGAUGGACGGCAAAGUUAACUAUCGGGAUAUGAAUUGCAUGAAAUGCAGUGAUGUCUCUCAAAUGUAUCGCUAAAUACCAAGUAAUAGCUAUGCAUAAUUUUAAAUGCAUUGUUCCCUGAAGAGAAAAAAAAAGGAAAUGAAAUGAGCACUGAAUUUAAAAAGGACAAGCACGUUGUCAUUGUACAGUGUAUUUGUUUGAGAGAAUCGAUUGAAGCAAAUUUGACGAUAUUCAGAUUAAAAUCCCUGUAAAGUAUUUUGAUAUUUUUGUGUGUAAAAUUAAAAGGACAGAUUAAGACAACUUUUUUUUGUCAAUAAAUGUA